AUGGCAUCACUGAGAGAAAUCGUGCAAAGAGAGCAGUGGCUCACGCUCCUUUGUCUCUUUACGCUGAGGUCCGUGUGUGGACAGGCUCGUUACUCUGUUCCCGAAGAGCAGGCGGAGGGAUCUUUCGUUGGAAAUAUUGCUGGAGAUUUGGGAAUAGAUGUGCAAAGACUGGUCUCGGGGAACGCUCGCAUUGUGACUAAAGAAAGUCGACAAUAUGUGGAUUUAAAUCGAGACAAAGGCAUCCUUGUUGUUAAAGAGCGAAUCGACCGAGAGGAGCUGUGUGAGAAAUCAACGCCCUGCAGUUUUAGUUUUGAGGUGAUUCUGGAGAAUCCAAUUCAGCUGUAUCGAGUCACUGUGGAGGUAACAGAUGUGAACGACAAUACUCCAGCUUUUCCAAAAGAUGACAUCGUUUUAAAAAUUGCUGAAAAUGUUUCACCAGGCACUCGUUAUUCGUUAGACACAGCUGACGAUUCGGAUGUAGGUGUCAAUGAUAUUCAAAGAUACACCCUAAAACCGUCGGAUCAUUUUAAACUUGAAAUGCAAACACAGUCUGACGGGAGUCAGUUUGUUGAGAUGGUUUUGGAAACGCCUUUAGAUCGAGAGAAAAAUGAGGAACAUACACUGAUUUUGGUCGCUUCAGAUGGAGGCGCACCUCAGAGAUCAGGAACAGCACGUAUUCACAUCACUGUACUAGACGCGAACGAUAAUGCACCAGUCUGUAGUAAACAGGUGUAUAAAGCUGAGGUUCAAGAAAACUCUGCAAUAGGAACUGUGGUCACCACCGUCAGCGCCACUGACGCAGAUACAGGAGUCAAUGGUGAAGUAGUUUUUUCAUUUUCUCGCGUAUCAAGAGAAGCUAAGCAGUUAUUUAACGUAAAUAGUAAAACAGGAGAAAUUAAAAUCACUGGCAAUUUAGAUUAUGAAGUUUUUAAGUCAUAUCAAUUGAACGUUCGGGCUAGUGACCACGGAGGCUAUUCUGACACAUGUAAAGUGAUUAUCCAAGUAACUGACGUGAAUGAUAACUCUCCUGUUAUUCAGCUCAUGUCAUUUUCAAGCACAAUCUCCGAGGAUGCCCCUCCAGGCACAACUUUAGCUGUGAUUAAUGUUCAUGACGACGACUCAGAGAGAAACGGUGUAGUAGAAUGUUCUAUUAGUUCUGAUUUACCUUUUAAAAUUGAAUCUUCAUUGUCUGGUUAUUAUACAAUAGUGACUGAUGACGCGUUAGACAGAGAGAGUGUCUCAGAAUAUAAUAUUACUCUAACAGUGACUGAUCAAGGCUCCCCGCCGCUUUCAAACAGAAAAACAAUUCAGGUCAAAGUUUCCGACGUCAAUGACAACCCCCCAAAGUUUGACGAAUCAGAAUAUAGUAGAACAAUACCUGAGAAUAACUCACCUGGAUUUUCUAUUUUCACUGUACGUGCGACUGAUGCAGACUGGGGCCAAAACGCUCGGAUUUUAUACUUCUUAGAGGAAAGGGAAAUUAAUGGGGCGUCUCUGUCUUCUUUAGUGUCCCUGAGUUCAGAAAAUGGCAUAAUUUCUGCAGCAAAGUCAUUUGAUUAUGAGCAAAUAAAGAAGGUUAUAUUUAAUGUAACAGCUCGUGACUCUGGCUCUCCUCCUCUGAGCUCAGUGGUCCCAGUGAAGAUCUUGGUUCAGGAUCAGAACGAUAACGCCCCUCAGGUGCUGUACCCAGUCCAGACUGGGGGUUCUCUGGUGGCUGAGAUGGUGCCUCGUUCAGCAGAUGUGGGCUAUCUGGUCACUAAAGUGGUGGCUGUGGAUGUGGACUCUGGACAGAAUGCCUGGCUCUCCUAUAAACUGCAGAAAGCCGCAGACAGGGCGCUGUUUGAAGUGGGCUUACAGAAUGGAGAAAUAAGAACUAUCCGCCAAGUGACUGAUAAAGAUGCAGUCAAACAGAGACUGACUGUUAUAGUGGAGGACAACGGGCAGCCCUCUCGUUCAGCUACAGUCAUUGUUAACGUGGCGGUGGCGGACAGCUUUCCUGAAGUACUGUCUGAGUUCACUGACUUUACGCACGACAAGGAGUACAAUGACAACCUGACUUUUUACUUAGUGCUGGCUCUGGCUGUAGUCUCCUUUCUGUUCAUCACGUGUGUAGUGGUCAUUAUCUCAGUGAAAAUCUACAGAUGGAGACAGUCUCGCAUCCUGUAUCACUCCAAUCUGCCAGUGAUCCCAUAUUAUCCUCCACGUUACUCAGACACUCUGGGCACAGCGACUCUCCCACACGUGUACAAUUACGACACGUGCAGGACCACAGACUCCAGAAAGAGUGACAUUAAAUACAUGCAGCCCAUGAGUCAAAGUCUGAUCAGUGUUGAUGACACCGGGACUGAUUCUGCCCAGAAUGGACAUCAGAGAUCCACAAACUCUACAUUGGUGAGGCAUUUGGUGUUUGAACUCAUAGCGACGCUGUUUACCAAGUACCGGUUUUCCAGCAGUGACGGUCUAGUUGCACCUCCUCCUUCCAAUAGUGGUAAAGACGUUGGCACAUCUAAAGCACACGGGUGA